GCCCAGCUCUUCAGAGAUCUCUCGACACACAACUAAGCUACGUCUCUUUUUGUUCUUCAAAAAAAGAUCUAGGGACAGGAUCGAGUUAACAACACACACAAAUAUGGCUACCUCCAGCUGUCCCCAGUCUGAAGAUCAGUUCUUGUGCUCUAUCUGUCUGGAUGUGUUUACUAAGCCAGUCACAACUCCAUGUGGACACAACUUCUGCAUGGCCUGUGUCAGUGGAUACUGGGAUACCACUGACCACUGCCUGUGUCCACUGUGUAAACGAAGGUUUUAUAGGAAACCAGAACUCUUUGUCAAUACUUUCAUUGCUGACAUGGCUGAUCAAUUCAAGCAUGCAGUUCAAGAGAAAUCUCCCGUCAGCCAAGCACAACGUCCUACCAAACCUGGAGAAACGGCCUGUGACGUCUGCACUGGGACAAAGCUCAAGGCCUGCAAGUCCUGCCUGGUGUGUCUGACCUCUUUCUGUGAGACUCACCUGCAGCCUCAUCAGAUAGCCCCAGCCCUAAAGAGACACACACUGAUUGACCCUGUGGACAACCUGGAAGAAGACAGGACGUGUAAGAAGCACAACAAAUUCCUGGAGCUGUUCUGUAGGACUGACCAGAUGUGUGUCUGCCAGUUCUGCACUGAGACAGACCACAAAGAUCACCACACUGUCCCUAUAGAGGAAGAGUGUGAAGAGAGGAAGGCUCAGCUGGGGAAGACAGAGGCACAAGUGCAGCAUCUGAUCCAGGAGCGACUGCAGAAGAUUCAGGAGAUGAAACACUCAGUAGAUCUCAGAAACAAAUACACACAAAGAGAUAAAGCAAAAACCAUUCAACUCUUCACUGAUCUGGUGCAAAGCUUUCAGAAAAGCCAGACUGACUACAUGGAGGUGGUUGAGGAGGAGAAGAAAGCAGAAGAGAGGUGGGCUGAAAGGCUCAUUUGGGAGCUGGAGCAGGAAAUGGCAGGGUUACAGAGGAGACGCACUGAGCUGGAGAAGCUCUCAAACACUGAAGACCACCUCCACCUUCUCCAGAGCUCUGCAUCCCUCUGCAGUUUUCCUCCCACCAUGGACUUGUCUCAGAUCAGUAUUCACACUAAGCUGUGUGUAGGAAACUUGAGGAGAGCUCUGUGUCAGCUUGCAGAGACUCUGAGAAUCAUGCCCCAGCUGUUGGAUACAGUGAAGACUUUACAUAAGUCAUUGUGUGAUUCUGAGCACCAGAGGAUGCAGCAGUAUGCAGUGGAUGUGACUCUGGACCCUGAUACGGCAAACUGCAAACUUGUCCUGUCUGAAGACGGUAAACAAGUAAGACUUGGAGAUAUAAAACAACAUCUUCCUGACAAACUAGCAAGGUUUGAUACUACUCUUUGUGUCCUGGGAAAGGAGGGUUUCUCUUCAGGGAGAUUCUACUAUGAGUUGGAGGUUAAGGGGAAGACUGACUGGUCUAUAGGAGUGGCCAGAGAGUCCAUCAACAGGAAGGGAAGGAUUACACUGAGCCCUGAGAAUGGAUACUGGAUUCUGUCACUGAGGAAUGGAGAUGAGUACACCGCUGGUGCUUCCCCAUUUUGCUCCCUCUCCCUGAGAGAGAAGCCUCAGAAGGUGGGAGUGUUUGUGGAUUAUGAAGAGGGUCAGGUCUCCUUCUAUGAUGUGGAGGCCAAGUCUCCUAUCCACACUUUCAUUGACUACACCUUCACUGAGAAACUCUAUCCAUACUUCUGCCCUGGUAAACGUAGUGGAAACUCUGCCCCUCUGAUCAUCUCUACUAUUGAUGAAAUUGAACUUUUUCAGGUCAGCUGAUUGUCAUUCCUUAUUGGGGUUGUGCAACGAGAGGGAACAUUCCCAGAAAGUACCAAUAAUCAAGAAUUUGGGGAUUCUUCAAUAAAAUGUAAGAUGAAGAAAAAUGGUGAAGAUAUAAACUAUGUUUUUAAUAUUUUUGUAAUUUUAGCAGAUGCUCUUAUCCAGAAGUGCCUUCCUCAAGGACACAUCGACAAGAUUUUUCACCUAGUCGGCUCUGGGAUUUCAGAUUACUGGUCCAACGCUCUUAACUGCUAGGCUACCUGCCACCUUUAUAUGAAAAAUCGAAUCCCAAAACGGUAAAAUAUGAACCUAAAUUUAACUUAACAAUUUAGUGAAUAUCGUCGCUGCUUAUUAUGAAGAUUUCAACAUGGAAUAUCCUUUAUAUUCUUAACUUUCUUUAUCUUUUAUAUAUCUUUGUUGUAUUUUGUGGGGGCCGAAGUGGUGUCAGUUGUCUAUCUCAAUAGUUAAAUUCUUUCAGAUUUCCUUUCAAAUGCCAUCAUUGUUGAUAAGAUGUUUGUUUAAUGAAUAAGGCUGUUUUCUCCUGAACCAUGUGGUCUAUCCACUAGAAAUGCAUGGAAAAUAUGGGCACAGUCAUAAAGAAUCAGAAAAAUAUGUAUCAUUUAAAAUAAUCAAGUGUAAAUUCUCAAAGUUUCCAUUUCCAAAAUUACCUGUUAAUUAAUUAUAAUGUAUUUCUGAAAAAUUCCAGUAACUUUGGUAAAUUUCCAGAACUUUUGCAACUAAUUUGUUAAAGAGGAGAUUGCAGUAUGUAAUGAAAUGCCACAAAUGACUGAUCUUUGUUUCUCAUAUCAAGGAAAAAU